AUGAUGCGGUCACGGCUAUGCUCCUCAACCGUCUUCUUGUCCGUAGCUGCGAAUGAGCAUGAUUUCGAGCCAAUGACGCUGCCAAGCAACACACAGCAGAAUUUUAAGUUGACUCACAAAGUCGCUCCUCAAGCACCUUUCAAAUCGCCAUCUCCAUCUCUCCAUGUGUCUGUCUCUCCAUCUCUCCGUCCAUCUCUCCGUCCAUCUCUCCGUCCAUCUCUCCGUCCAUCUCUCUGUCCAUCUCUCCGUCCAUCUCUCCGUCCAUCUCUCCGUCCAUCUCUCUGUCCAUCUCUCCGUCCAUCUCUCUGUCACUCUUUGUACGAGCAGGAGUUCGAGCCCAUGAAGCUGACUAUCAACUCCGAAGACCCCGCGCUCACACGUCCCUCAGGAACGCUCUCUUUGUUUCUCAGGCACGCGCCUCACACGCCCCUCAAUGUCGUUCUCAACAGCUCUCAGGACCUGCACUGCCUCGGCCGUCUCUUGGGACCCUCUGCGCGCUCCCUCACAACCUUGUGCCUUGGGCUCAAGGAACCUUUCCACGGAUUCAGGCCACGGCUGAUGCAUUCAGCAUUUCUAGGGGAGUUUGAGCAGCUGCAGAAGCUGGAGCUAGGCCACGGGACUUGGCAAUUAGGCAGCCUGAAUCCAGCAAUGUUCCGGGCUUUAAGGAGUCUGAGCAUCCACGAUUUCGAGCACGGCAGAAAUGUCCUGCCCGUUCUCUCAUCCAUUGCGCCGCAGCUGCAUGAACUCGCUCUCGCCUGCUCCACCCAUGGCUCUGGCUCUGCCUCUACCACCCUCGAUUUCAAGUUCACCGCUGCUCGAUCUAUCACAGUCUGCUUUGAGAAUCAAGUGCUCCACCUCCGCAUCGCCCUGCCUGCCUCUUUAAAGUCCUUCUCUGCCACUGCGGCCUGUCUCAAUGUGGAUUGCUCAUGCAACAGCAGCCCCUUUCUUGACUCGCUCUCUCUCAUUGGCCGCUCGCAGCUUCUCGUUUCUUCGCUCCCAUUGGCUGCCGCCAAAUCCGAUGACGAUGGGAUGGCGAUGAGGCUCGCAGUGGGGAUGGCAGUGGUGGGCAACUGUGGUGCUUCUGUAGCUGUGGUGCUGUGGUGCUGUGUCAUAACUUAA